AUGCACAAAAUAAACAUUGUUGAAUUCGUCAAGGAUGAAGACGGGCAUCCAGUCAAAAAGAUAGUUGCGGAAAGCCUCACGCUGCAGCAAGUCUACGAUGAUUACAUAGAGCCUGGGAAGUUUCUAAGGCUCGCAUCCACUGUGCCGAAGAGCCACGCACCCUCGGAUCAUGUUGAACUAGAGAAACUACGAACCGCCCGAAGAUAUAGAGAUUAUGUCAUAUUUGACGCAUACAGCACGAGAGCACAAGCCAAAGUCGACACCAAGAAGCCAUUGAAGGCAAGGGGUAACCAAGUGGAGAUCGCACACCUGCGGGCUCUGCGGGAAGUCCACCUCCUGCUCCAUUCUCCAAUGGAUCAUUUUGCGCACAUGAUAGACAAGGCUUAUCAACUUAUCACACUUGGGAGUCCGAUUGAGUUUGAUAUACUAAUACGCCACGUCACGGAGAAGAAGGCUGCAAGAAUAGUGAGCCAGCCGAAAGACAGUCUCGAUUACGCCUGCGGGCACUUUCCCCACCUUCGCCCGGAUUUUAUUCUCAAGAGCAUGCCUGCGAAAUCAAGAUACCUCGUACAGCCAGUUACCGAUGGCAUACACUUACAGUUCGUGAUUGGACCUGAACUGGAAGGUGACAGGCUGGGGAAAAUGGACCUGACGAAACGCUUGUUCAACGUGAAGCGAGCGGUUAUACUAGCCAUGGAUGAAAAAAAGGAUAAAACAACUCCCCAAGGCAACCCGUCCUAA